UGGUCCUUUUCUGCUCUGAGUUCAGCUAAAGACAUGGCGGAGGGGAGGAACUGUAAAAACUGCUUUGGUUUAAGAAUGAAAGCAAAACAAUAGUGGCAGUCUCGGAAACCUUGUGGAAGUAAUAAAAUCGCAACUACUGAAUAAAAUGUCUUAAAUUUCAUGCCUCAAGGAAAAAACGCAGUGCCGACCGCAACUAAAAGUAAGCCUGAAGACGCCACUUGCACAGAAGAGAAAGGGAUAAAAGAACACAAGCCAGAAAUGAACGGGGACGUCGCAUGUAGUCGUCAGCCUGCGAGUCCCAAUUUUAAGAGCCUCGACAAGCAGCACUCCCCUCACCAUGACGAGAACCACGGAAAGCGCACGGCCCACGGGGACAAGAAGAUGUACGGAAAAGCAGUCAGGCUGAACAUCAUGAAUUCGGACAGCGGGCUUCCCAGAGGGGCCGAGGGUAGACUGGGCCCCUCCUGCGUGACCGGGGAGCAGGGUCGACAGCCUCGCUGCACCGAGGCGUAUUUACGCGGCCCGGCGGACCCCACCGCGGACAGCAACGGCACCUCCCGCGUCCGUGGCCACAAACGGCAGACCUGCUGUCGCAAGGCCAAAGUGACGAAAUCCACCCUGAGAACAGCAGAAUACAGGAACUCCCAAAACAGGAAGCUCACAGAGUUCUACCCCAUAAGGAGGAGCUCCAGGAAGUGCAAUGCAGAGCUCAAGUGUGAAGAAAAGAGACACAUCGAUGAGCUGCUCAGUAGUGGGACUGAAGAAGGAAUGAAGGUGCAGCACAUCGAGGGGAAAGGAAGGGGGGUUUUCGCCACCAGAAGUUUCCGGAAAGGGCAGUUUGUCGUGGAAUACCAUGGGGACCUACUGCAGAUCACAGAUGCCAAGAAGAGAGAAGCUAAAUACGCACAAGACCCUUCUACGGGCUGCUAUAUGUACUACUUCCAGUAUCAGAGCAAAACGUACUGUGUGGACGCCACUAGAGAAUCCGAACGCCUGGGGAGGCUGAUCAACCACAGCAAGAACGGCAACUGUCAGACCAAACUGCACGACGUCAAGGGAAAGCCUCACCUGAUCCUGGUGGCCUCCAGGGACAUCGAGGAAGGGGAGGAGCUUCUGUAUGACUACGGCGACCGCAGCAAAGCUUCCAUAGCGGCGCAUCCCUGGCUCAAACACUGAUGUACUGCACUCUUCCUGUGUGGGGUUCUUUUGUUUUGAGUUUUGUUUUUGUUUUUUCCUAGUUUGGCGUGUUCUAAGAAGGGACAAAAUGCAAGCAAUGCAGCUUUGUUGAGAGACCAUUUUAAAAUACUGAAAAUUGCCUUAGCAACAGAAUGUGUAAAUGAUUUUUUUUUUUUUUUUUUUUUGUUCUGGGGUAGUUUGAAGUUGGGCGACAGACUACAGUGAGUUGUAUUAACAGAUAAAGGCAAUCUUUAAAAUGUCCUAGAAGAAUACUUUUUAAAUUCCUAUCUAUAUAUUAAUGCGAGUUUUCAAAUGCAUUUUUUGUAUAUUUUGUACACCCAUAGACCAGUGCUUCCAGAGCAUGCAGGUAUAGUUCAGAAGUUCUGCAUUUUUAUACUGGUUUUCUUAAUCUAUUGUCUGGUAGUUGAAAUAUGCUUAGCAAUAAUUAUUUAUGGUACCGGAAUGUUUGUGGGCCAUGCAGAACCCUAAGACAUGCUGUAGGAGAGUUAUAUUUAAAUGGUUCUGAAAACUGGAAUGUGAUUCCUGUCAAUAACUUACACUUUAUUUUUAAUGUAACCUUUUGCCAUGUUGGGUGUAGUUAUUUCAUGAACUUGAACAAAUAUGUACCUCUAACACACAACGCUGUUAAAUGUCCACAACCAAAUGCUUUAUGUGAAAGUAUUUAAAUAAAUCUGUAUGCUGGGUUAGGGGCAUUGUUGAAUAAAACAGUUUUAUGCAAGUUUUA